AGUGUUCCAACAAACCACGCGUCAAAGAAACGUCAUUUGGUGCUGUCUUGAAUCUUUGUGGAAGUUACCUGCCUUUAUUAAAUUGUGAUGAAUCGCUCUCAAAUUGUUUUAUUAAUUCUACCUUGUUUGAUAACUUCCUGUGUGUGCUAUAAACCCGUCUUCCUUCUCCAUGGAAUCCUCACAGGAGCCGAGAGCAUGCUCAUCAUGGAAGAGGAGAUCAAAAGACACCAUCCAGGAACAAAGGUUUACAUGACUGACCGUUUUGCUGGAUGGUCCAGCUUAGAGAAUUCCUGGCAUCAAGUCAAAGAGCUGGGCAGUGAUAUAAUGGAAAUCUGUGAGAAACAUCCUGAAGGAAUCCAUUUAGUUGGGUACUCUCAAGGAGGAUUACUGGGCAGAGCAAUUCUGCAAACCUUUACUAAUCACACUGUUAAGAAUUUUAUCUCCUUGAGUUCUCCUCAAGCUGGACAGUAUGGCACUGCUUUCCUUCAUUUAAUCUUCCCAAGUCUUACUGCGAAGGCUGCUUUUGAACUAUUUUAUUCAUUUGUGGGACAACAUACAUCAGUUGGUAACUACUGGAAUGAUCCUCAUCAUCAGGAUCUCUUUUACAAAUACAGUAACUUCCUACCAUACAUCAAUAAUGCCAUUCAAUCGACAAAUUCAUCCCAAUUCCGCGAAGGAUUACUCAAGCUGGAUAAGAUGAUCCUGGUCGGAGGACCAAAUGAUGGAGUUAUAACUCCAUGGCAAUCCAGUCAUUUUGCCUAUUUCGAUGAGAACGACGAGGUGAUACCUCUACAUAAAAGAGAAAUCUACAAGAAGGAUAGUAUCGGACUGAAGACCCUUGAUGCCCAAGGGAAGCUUAAGGUACUGUCCUUUCCAAAUGUUAAACAUCAUCAAUGGCAUCUGGACAUUAGAGUCAUUCAAAAAGCCGUUAUACCUUUUCUCGAUUGAUCUACUACAUAAGGCUGUGUGUAUUUUCUAAAUUGACGAUUUUGUCACCAAAAAAUAUAUUUCCACUGUUUUUUUUUUUAAAUUAA